AUGGACACGGCACUCGCGAAAGCGCCUCCCGUGCAGCUCAGCUACGUCCAGUAUGAGCACAAAUUCGAAGCCCAGUACCUCCCCGCCAUCCGCUCCCUCAUCUCCAAGGACCUGAGUGAGCCCUACAGCAUCUACGUCUACCGCUAUUUCCUCUGCCAGUGGGCGCACCUAUGCUUCAUGGCGCUCAAUCCGCAGGACGGCUCUCUCAUUGGCGUCAUCAUCUGCAAGCUCGAGGUCCACGCCUCCCGCUCAACUCCCACGCGGCGCGGCUACAUCGCCAUGUUGGCGGUCGCUGCCCCGCACAGGGGACGCGGGGUGGCCAUCGCGCUGGUCAAGCGCGCCAUCGAUGCCAUGGUCAGCCGGCAUGCCGACGAGAUUGUGCUCGAGACGGAGGAGACCAACGUGCCGGCCAUGCGCCUCUACGAGCAGCUCGGCUUCCUGCGGACGAAAAAGCUGCACCGGUACUACCUCAACGGGAACAGUGCGUACCGGCUGGUGCUGCCUCUGAGAGCCGUGGACCCAGACCAGACGCUUGUCGAGGAUCUCUAG